UUUGGAUUUUGUGUUUUACACACACGCACGUGAAAAAAAACAACAUAUUAUGAAUGCGAUUCGCUGACGAGGGCCGAGACCACAGCCCCGAAGUCACCAGAAAGUUUCCGCAGAAGUUUGCGAAGUGCGAGCACCUGCUCCUGGUGCCCUUUGCCGGUACGGUCGGUGCGCGGCGGCAUCAUGUCCAAACCCGCGGAUCACGUCAAGCGCCCCAUGAACGCCUUCAUGGUCUGGUCGAGGGCGCAGAGGAGGAAAAUGGCUCAGGAGAACCCCAAGAUGCACAACUCGGAGAUCAGCAAGAGGCUGGGAGCCGAGUGGAAACUUUUAACCGAGUCCGAGAAGAGACCCUUCAUCGACGAGGCCAAGCGGCUCAGGGCGCUGCACAUGAAGGAACACCCGGAUUACAAGUACCGACCUCGGCGCAAACCCAAGACGCUGCUGAAGAAGGACAAGUUCGCCUUCCCUAUGCCUUACCUGUCGGACCAGGACGGGAUGAAGGCGAGCGCCCUGUCCUCGGGGAUGAUGCCCGACUCCCUGCUCGCCCCCUCGGAGAAAGCCCGGGUGUUUUUCCCGCACGCCGCCGCCAACCAGUACUCCUUCUUCGACACCGGUCACCUCGCCUCCAAAAUGGGGGAGAUCACGCCGUCCUCGCUGGCGGCCCUGCAGUACGCCUCGCCGCUGACCUACCAAAGCGGGGCGGCGGCGGCGGCGGCGGCGGCGGCCGCGGCGGCGGCGGCGGCUUUCGGCGGCGCUCACACCCACACCCACAGCCACCCGUCCCCCGGCAACCCGGGCUACAUGCUGCCGUGCAACUGCGCUGCCUGGCCGGGCUCGGGGCUGCAGCCCCCCCUGGCUUACAUCCUGCUGCCCGGCAUGAGCAAACCCACCCUGGAGCCCUAUCCCGCCUACGCCGCUGCCUUAUGACAGGAGGCGAAAAGUUUCCUCUGAUGUUUUGACACCAGAACCGCACAUCUGCUUCGAGGAAACGAAAGGUACACCGAAGAACCACCAACUAGAAACUGUAGUGACAACGAUAGCUCUUCUAAUCGCCGUGUUAACAUAUCCGCGCACACGAUCAUCCCGGAGUGAACGAAAGGCUAUCCCCCACCCCACCC